ACACACAUAUAGGAGGAGAAAGUCAAAGUAGCUGCUAUAGCUGUAUCCUCAGGGCUUGUCACUGGGAGGUGCGAUUCCCUUGGAGAUCUUCUGCUGUACUGCUGCUGUUCUCUUCUCUGGAGAAGAAACCACGUUUAUCCAUGGACAAGGUUCAGCCAUUGAAAGAAAUAAAUUCAUUGAAUUCCAAUGAUGUUGACGUGAGCAAGGAAGGUAUCUCAAGCUUCUCUGAUAUCCAGAAGGAGAAACAAACAGGAGUUGAAUCUUCAGAGGAAGACUAUUAUUUUAGAGAAGACUUUUCAAGAGAGAGAAGCUAUUUUAUUUCACUUGAUUCAAGCAACCUCCAACCCCAGAUGUAUAAAGAUAUAAGAAGAGCCAAGAACAACAUCAGAGGACUCUUGUACCAGCUCUAUGAAACAAUUGAAUUGACUUGUAGAAGAAAGCAAACUUGUGAGGAUCUGCAGAAUUACCGUAAGGCAUUAUAUAAGCUGUGGAUCGAGUGGUGUGAGAAGCAGAUAAAAAAUGAGGAUAAAGAUGAUAUUGAGUUCUUGGAACACAUGACUCUGCAUAUGUCCCGGAGAAUUGCUCUGAAACUACAGUCAGCCUUCAUGGAUCUCAUGCCUAAGGUCCAAGGUCUUCCAAGCAGCCUACAAGAUGACAUCCAACUGUCCUGUAGUGACAUGCAGGACCUUCAUACCAUCUUUGCCCUAGGUAAUGAGUUUGAAGAUCUAGACAAGCAUCGUCUGAGGAAGAGCCAGCUUAAGCUGACUGAAGCCCAGUUAAGUGUAGAAAAAUUGUGUUGUUUCUUAGAAGAGUAAACCAAUUCUCACUUUAACACUCAAAAGAAAAAUCUUGAAUUGUGAUCUGGGACCGGAUUGGUAUUUCCAAAUUCCUGGCAAGCAGUGUUAUGCUAGUUCAUAGUAUGCUCUUUGAACUUUUCAGAUUAUGCAAAUAAAGUUGCAUUAAAAACUC